GUAAAAUGUGAGGUGUUAGUUAUACUGGUUAGCACCACGAUUUUGGGUACAAUCUUCAUUAACUCAAGUGAUUCUUAUCUUCCUCUGCACUUCAACUUCUUUAAUUCUCUCCUUCGCAGUCGCGCAAUCCCUGAAAAUAUCACCAGUUAUUUGGGAUUUUUUUUAUUCUUACAGAAGUUAGAAAUUUCAAAGUUUAGAACAUAGGAAGUAUGGAGAUUCUGCUGAAGAAGAGAGUUCAAUUUCUUCUCUUUGUUGUUGGCAUUAUUGCUCUCAGCAUCACAGCCGAAAAGUUCAGGCUACUGGUCGGGGAGGAGGCCGCAUCAAAAAGCGGGAAGUUUACUUUAUUGAACUGUUUCGAUGGGAGUUCUGGAACCCUUGCAUGUGUAGUCAAAGAGGGCGUAAAACUCUAUUUCUACAACAUCCGGACUCUUCACGUGGAAAGCAGAAGGAAUGAAGCCAUAGAGGCUGCCUUGGCCGAUGCAGUCUCUCAAGGCCUGGCCGCAAAAGAAGCUGCGAAGGUGGCGCAAAAGGAAGGGGCAAAGGCUGCAAAACUGGCAACGAGAAAAGCCAAGCGCAUAAUUGGGCCGAUUAUUUCUUCCGGGUGGGAUUUUUUUGAGGCUAUUUAUUUUGGGGGCACCAUAACUGAAGGGUUCCUUAGGGGCACGGGAACUUUGUUUGGAACCUAUUAUGUGGGGUUCAUUGCUGAAGAGAGGUUUGGAAGGUUUGGGUAUUUGGUUGGGAGCCAUUUGGGGAGUUGGCUCGGUGGCAGGGUUGGGCUCAUGGUUUACGACAUUGUUAGUGGAGUUCACUACAUGAUGGAGGAAGGUCCACUAAGGGAAAAUCGAAUUUACGAAGAAGCCGAUUAUCUUGAAAAGACUGAUGCAGGUGAUGAGAAUUUUGAAUCGACGUGGAGUGGUGAUUCUCGUGAGUCGAGCAAUUACGAGGCUUCUGCUGAUGAGAGCUUUAUUGCCCCUGAAGAAUUAUAAUCAGGUUAAUUGAGGUUAAUUUCUUUUAUNCAUACUAUAAAGCACGACAGUGUUUGUAUUUGUGUU